AUGGCCUCUAAGUACCCACGGUCCCUCCGAUGCUGCCUGCCCCUGUGUGCCUUCGUACUACAGGUGGCUUUCAUCCUUCUCUUCUGGUUUUUCAUCUCCUAUGACACUCCCCAAAUGCAACAGAAGUUCACGGUGACUUAUCAAGUCAUCCAGGAUUUGACCCUCAUGGCAGCCUUGGGCUUCGGCUUCCUUUCCUCAUCUUUUCGGAGACACAGCUGGAGCAGUGUAGCCUUCAACCUCUUCAUGUUGGCCCUCGGGGUGCAGGGGUCAAUCUUGCUGGACCAUUUCCAGAACCAGCUCUUCAAAGAGGAUGUGGCCAUCAAUCUGUUGAGCAUCCAGAAAGGUACCAUGAGCACAGUGCCUGUGCUCAUCUCAGCAGUUGCUGUCCUUGGGAAGGCCAACUUGGUGCAGCUGGCUGUGAUGGUGCUGAUGGAGGCAUCGGCCUUUGGAGUCACCAAGUUUGUUAAAAAGAAGUACUUCCAUGUGGAAGACCAUAUCAUCACCAUGUAUGGGCAUGUGUUUGGGGCUUAUUUUGGGCUGCUUGUAGCCUGGUGCCUCUCUAGGUCUUUGCCCAGGGGACCGGGUGAGGAAGCCCAGACAGAGAAGGUUCAGAUGGCCACAAGCUCCAGUCUGUUUGCCAUGCUGGGAACCCUCCUCUUGUGGAUAUUCUGGCCAAGUUUCAACUCAGCUCUGGUGAAAGAGCCAAAUGACAAGAAGAAGGCUGUGCUCAACACCUACUAUGCCCUUGCAGUCAGCACGGUGACAGCCACCUCCAUGUCAUCCCUGAGUCACCCCCAGGGAAAGAUCAACAUGGUUCACCUCCACAAUGCAGUGCUGGCAGGAGGCGUGGCUGUGGGCACCCCAUGUUUCCUGAUUACUUCUCCUUGGGUUGCCAUGGUGCUGGGCCUCACAGCUGGGUUGAUCUCCAUUGGGGGAGCCAAGUGUCUGCCGCCUUAUACUCUUUAUAUCUCUUUAGACCUCUCUUAUUCAAAUCUAAUCUUUAUAAUAUUUGCUUUAUCAUUUCUCUUGAAUUUUUUGUCUUAUCUUCUAUAG